CCACGUUUCGCCGUCAGCGCCAUUGCCUCGGCCGGGAGCGCCCUCUGGCUUAAACGGCACCUUCGCCCCCGCCCGCGGCUUAUAAUACUCCUCCUCCUCCUCGUCUCCAUUCAGUCCCUUCCUGCUUCUCUCUCUCAGGCCACCGCCACCCGCUGUCCUCUCUCCCGUAGUUGGUUCGUUCACACUCGCCCCGCUCCUCCGUGUCCAUCUCCUCCCUCUCGGCGACAUGGCGAAGGUCGCUGCCAUGGCCAUGGAGAAGGUGGACGCCAAGGACGCCAAGGACCGGGAGAAGAUCGAGGCCGUCCGCAAGGUGAUGCGCAAGCAGGCGCCGCUCUCCCCCAAGCAGGCGGAGUACUGCAACGACGCGUGCGUGGAGCGGUUCCUCCGGGCCAAGGGCGACAACGUGAAGAAGGCGGCCAAGACCCUGCGCGCCGUCCUCUCCUGGAGGGACACCAUCGGAGCAGAUCACAUCAUGGCCGACGAGUUCUCCGGCGAGCUGUCCGACGGCAUGGCCUACGUCGCCGGGCACGACGACGAGAACCGCCCCGUCCUGAUGUUCAAAAUCAAGCAGGAUGACUACCCCAAGUACCAGCCCCAGAAAUCGUUCGUGCGGUUCCUGGUGUUCACGCUGGAGGUGGCGGUGGCGUCCAUGAACCGCUUCGUGGACCAGUUCGUGCUCCUCUUCGACGCAAGUAAGCAAUCUCCGUCUCCGUUGGAUCGAUCGGAAGGCAGAUAGCGCGCAGUAGUGGUCGCAUCGCAAUCGCAAUCGCAAUCGCAUCCAUUUUGACAAUGCCCUGCGACGGACUGCAAGCGCAGCGCGCACUGACUUAGACGACUGGCACCAGUCGUCAGUACGCUCUGAUAGGCGCACAUGAAUCCCUGGCAGCUCCCAACAACGACAGACACCUUCCCAUGGACGGACGGACGGACGGACGCACGAACUGCACUGCGCCCGUAUCGUGCUGCGACCCUGCUCGCAUUGUCUCCCACGCACCUUCUUUUUAGGUUUUUCACUCGUUUGUCUUCCGUAUGCAUGCUACGUGGGUCAAGCGCGGGCGGGCGGGCGGGCGGCCCCCG